GUAAAAAUAACUCAAACAUUGCAUUAUUUAAUAAAUUUGUCAUUAAUAAUAGUUCUGGUUGCUUUAAAUUAAACAAUUAUGUUACAAUAGAUAAUUAUAAAAUUCAAAAUUAAUUAAAAAUUUUUUUUUAUCUAUACUGUUGUUAUUUAUUGGUGUAAUCAAAUAUACUAGAUUAUUUGUAAGUUAAAUUCAAUUUUGUAUAUAAAACAUUGUCUAGUAAAAAUGAGUAAAAAAUUAAAGACAACACCAAGAGAGGAGUUAUCUAAAGGAUUUCUAUUGAAAGAUACAAGUAACAAUGAAUGGGAGAUUCAAAAUAUUAUUGGAAGUGGAGGAUUUGGUUAUGUGUAUUGUGCUACAAAACACGGGUCUCGAAUGAAAACUGAAUAUGCUGUAAAAACAGAAAAUAUGGAAAGUGGACCUCUAUUUGUUGAACGAAUGUUUUAUCUAAAAAAUUUAAAAGAUAAAGAUAUUGAAUCAUGGAAAAAAGAAAAGAAACUCAAAGAAUUACCUAUUCCGAAGUUUUAUGGUUUUGGUAGUGCUGAAUAUAAUAAUAAUAAAUAUAGAUUUAUUGUAAUUGAAAAAUUUGAUCAGGAUUUAGAAUCUUUUUUAAAAACCAUAAAAAGUAGUCUAUUGUUGGGUGCAGUAAUCAACAUUAUGCGACAAAUAAUAGAUGCAUUGGAGUUCAUUCAUGUAUGUGGUUAUGUACAUUGGGAUGUAAAAAGUCAAAAUAUAUUUAUUGGUAAAAAACCAAAACAAAAUCAUGUUUAUUUAGGAGAUUUUGGUAUGGUAACCAAAUAUAAAACUGAAGAUGUUGUACCUAAUAAAAAAUUUGCAAAUAAUGGUACUCAAGAUUAUAUUGCUUUAGAUGGUCAUGCUGGAAUGCAUACAAGGCGGGGUGACUUAGAAAGUUUAAUGUACAAUGGAUUAGAAUGGCUAAAGUUAAAUUUACCUUGGAAAGGGCAAACACUUCUGAAAUGUAUAAAAUCUAAAUCGGAGAUGAAAGAUGCUCUACUUUCAGGAAAAGAAUCAAAAUAUAAUUUCAAAAAUGUUCCAAAAUGCUAUUAUAAAACUAUGAAAAUAAUUUAUAACAUAAAACCGGCUGAAGAACCCAAUUAUGCUAUGUUAAAAAAAUUAUUAAAGCAAUACAAAUUAGAAAAAUCUACCUAAUUAAAUUACAAUACUAUAAUAAAAUAAUAUUAAUUUGAAUUGAUAGUAAAAUAAAAUGUUUUGUAUAAUUGUAAUAAGUUGUAAAUUGUAUAAUACAAGGCAAAUUUUUUAAUAUUUAAAUUUUAGUUGUUAAAUUAUUCCUUUGACGAGGAAUUUCUUUUUAUUGGUGUGCUGGAAUUAUAUAGUUUAUUCAGACUUUUUUUUCAAUUAAAAAAUAACAAUCCAUAAUACUAUUUUUUUUGA